UUAUUCUUGUUUAUUUCAGUGUGUCAUUUCUGCACCAAGUUCUUCCCAUCGAAAUCUCGGAGAGAACGACACAUGAAGUCCCACACUGGAGAGAGACCGUUUACCUGUGACGUUUGUGGAAAGACUUUUCAACGAAAAGAUCACCUGCGCGCGCACUCAGUUGUUCACAUGAUACAGACUGACGGCAAAUUUAUAAGACAGUGGCUACACGACCGAAAUAACGUCGUAACAAACGUAAACAGGAAAGGAUAUUCUUCUACCGCCAUUUACAAUUUUGCAAUGGAUCGGUUACAACGCACGCAUUUACCUACAGCUGACAGUGUUCUUGAAAGAGUUUCAAUAACACUCAGAGAUGUACAGAGAGGCAAACAGAACGGCAACCUUGACGUUUCUGCAGCUCGCACCCAGAUCGCCAGUCUUCUUACAAACUUGCAGAGACUUGAGAAUGACCACACCGUCCCAGAUGAUUUACUGAAGAGCACCAUCCAGUCAGUAGUGUUAGUCAGAGAUAGUCUCCCUGAUUUGACUCAACAUGCUCAACACAGCAGUCAUUCAGUUGAUCGUUAUGUGUGCUCAUUUUGCGGUAAGGAUUUCCCGAGUCGCUACAAGUUGGAGACCCACAUCCGGGUACACACGGGGGAGCGGCCGUUUGAAUGCAGUAUGUGCCACAAACGAUUCACGCAGAAGAGUCACCUGAAGUCGCAUAUGAUUUGUCAUUACAGAGUUGAGGGACUUGGGACAAAACAGAGCUGUUCCAUAUGCGGCAAGGAGUUCCCAACUUCGUCAAAACUGAAGACGCAUAUGCGCAUCCACACCGGGGAACAGCCCUACGAGUGCCCGGUGUGCCACCGGAAGUUCAACCAGAAAGUUAUAAUUUCAGAGCCGUGUCUCUUUUGCGGCAAGAUGUUCCCCUCGGCGGCGAAACUCGAGCGGCAUAUUCGCGUCCACACGGGCGAGAGGCCCUACGAGUGUUCCGUGUGUCACAAGCGGUUCUCGCAGAAAGAACACCUGAAGACGCACAGCUUAGUCCACGUGGCGGGAGGCUGGAUAACCCUGUAUGAUUUGUGGACGGAUGCUAGUAGGAUCGACAAUUUCACUUGCAAGGUCUGCAGCAAGAAAGUGCCGCCCCACCGUCGCACCUGA